AUGGUGGAGAAGCGCGGCCCGCUGCAGAGGGACGGCGUGUACCGCUGGUUCUCGGAGCUGCCGUCGCCGCAGCGCGUGGAGUUCCUGUGCGGCCUGCUGGACCUGUGCAUCCCGCUGGAGCUGCGCUUCCUCGGCUCCUGCCUGGAGGACCUGGCGCGCAAGGACUACCACUCGCUGCGCGACUCGGAGAUCAAGGCCAACAACCCGGCCGACCUGGGCAGCCUCACCAACCUCACGGACGAGGUGGUGCGCAGCAAGCUGCUGGUGUCGCUGGCGCUGCUGGGCUCGGAGCAGCGCGAGGCGGCGGGCGUGCUCUACCGCACGCUCACGCACAUCGACUCCAUCAUCCACAACUACGGGCUGCAGCUCAACGAGGGCCGCACGGGCGAUGAGUUCCUGCUGCUCUUCACCAUGGCCUCCAACCACCCGGCCUUUAGCUUCCACCAGAAGCAGGUGCUGCGCCAGGAGCUCACGCAGAUCCAGAGCAGCCUGAGCGGCGGCGGCGGCGGCGGCGGAGGCGGCGGCGGCGGCGGCCGAGGCGGUGGGGGCUCGGCGGGGGCCGCGCCCACCUGCCCGGCCUGCCACAAGAUUGCUCCCAGAGCUGAGACCCCAGUCCACAGUAACAGUCUGCAGAACGCCCUGCACACAUCAGCACAUUCCACGGAGGAUUCGCUGCCCAAGAGGCCUCUGGGAAAGCACAGCAAAGUGAGUGUUGAGAAGAUAGACCUGAAGGGAUGGUCGCAUACGAAAAAUGACAGGAGUGUUGAAUGCUCCUUUGAGGUCUUGUGGUCUGAUUCUUCAGUAACGUCAAUAACCAAAUCUUCCUCAGAAGUGACUGAGUUUAUCUCAAAGUUAUCUCAGCUUUACCCCGAAGAGAAUGUGGACAAACUCAUUCCUUGCUUGGCUGGCUCAGACUCCUUCUAUGUGGAGCGAAACCAUGUGGGUCUGGAAGCGGGCCUGAGAUUCUUGGCUUCAUUACCUUCUCACAUAUUAAAAAAUGACCAUGUUAAGAAAUUUUUCAGCACCUCAUCUCCCACCCAACAGCUUCAAAGUCCAAGCCCCGGCAACCCCUCCCUUCCUAAAGUAGGAGCCGUGAUGGGUGUGUCUGGAAGGCCUGUGUGUGGAGUGGCCGGCAUCCCGUCCUCGCAGAGCGGUGCUCAGCACCACCUGCAGCACGCGGCCGGCGUGGCCGCCGCCUUGCCCCACUGCUCCCAUGCCGGGGGCGCGGGCUCAGCGCUGGCCUACCGGGCCCAGGUGGACAGCUCACCCGCCAUCCUGAUGCCGCCCAGUCUGCAGGCCCCACAGCCCCAGGAGCAAAAUGGAAUAUUAGACUGGCUGAGGAAGCUGCGUUUGCACAAGUAUUACCCCGUCUUUAAACAGCUCACCAUGGAGAAGUUUCUGAGCCUUACUGAGGAAGAUUUGAAUAAAUUUGAGUCCCUCACCAUGGGAGCGAAGAAAAAACUCAAGACUCAACUGGAGCUGGAAAAGGAGAAGUCGGAGAGGCGGUGCCUGGGCUCCGCAGCCCCGCCCUUGGUCUCCAGCAGUGGCGUGGCACGCGUUCCCCCGACCAGCCACGUGGGGCCCGUUCAGCCGGCGCGCAGCAACCACACAGCAGAGCUUCGGGUGGAGGUGGAGCCCCCGCCUCGCCAAAUGCCCCGCGAAGGCAGCUCCUCCGAGUACUCCAGCUCCUCCUCCAGCCCCAUGGGUGCGCAGGCGCGUGAGGAGAGCUCUGACAGCGCUGAGGAGAGCGACAGACGUGCGGACGUGCAGGCCGAAGGCGCCGACAAGGAGAAGCCCGUGGUGCUGUUGAGUCACUUCCCCUCCAAUUCCGCCAGACCCACGGCCCAGGUCCUGCCCGUGCAGAACGAGGCCAGCUCUGGCCCCGCGGGCCACCACCCCCUGCCCCCCCAGCUAAUGCCCACAGCCACACCCCUGGCGCCCGUUCGGAUGCUGAGCUCCGUGCACAAGGCAGACAGAGGCAGCACCGACGUGAAGCUCCUCUCGUCUUCAGUGCACUCGCUUCUGUCCUUGGAAGAUCGGAGCAAGGGGCCCGGCCCCCGGAGUGGUGCAAAAGUGGACAAGAGCUUCAGCAGCGCAGCCCUGGAUGCCCUGCCCCCCGCAGCGCCCCAUCCACCCGUGCAGGUCCUCUCGGGACUUGCGGAGAACAGCCCGGUGUCUCCCACGGUCUCCUUUGGUCCUCGGGCCAAAGUGGAGCCUGCCGCCACACUGCACAGGGUGCUGAAGACCGUGCCGCAGCCAGCCCUGGCGGCGGAGACCAGCUCGGCCGCGGCGGGCGCGCCAAGUGCCGUCCUGCACGUGUCCCGGCCGCCCAUCAAGCUGCUGCUGUCGCCGUCCGUCCCCGCUGAGCCCGCCGCGGGGCAGACCUCCUGCCCCAACAGCGCGCAGAUCAGCGUGGCGCCCGCAAUGAUCAACCCCCGGACUGCUCUGUACACAGCCAACACCAAAGUUGCCUUCUCCGCCGUGAGCAGUGUGCCCGUGGGGCCCCUGCAGGGCAGCUUCUGCGCCAGCAGCAACACUGCCUCCCCCAGCAGCCACCCCUCCACGUCCUUCGCCAGCCUGGCCACGCUGCCCAGCUGCCCGGCGCCCAGCUCCAGCCCGGCGCUCUCCUCGGUUCCUGAGAACACGUUCUACGGCGGCGGCGGCGGUGGCGGCGGCGGCUCCACGGGAAACAUUCCUGCCUCCAGCCAGAGCCACCACCACCACCACCACCACCAUCAGCAGCCCCCCGCGCCCCCCGCGCCCCCCCCGCCCGGCUGCAUCGUGUGCACGUCCUGUGGGUGCAGCGGUAGCUGCGGCUCCGGCGGCCUGACUGUCAGCUACGCCAGCUACUUCCAGCACCCGUUCUCGGGGCCGUCCGUGCUCACCUUCCCCUUCCUGCCCUUCAGCCCCGUGUGCGGCAACGGCUACGUGGGUGCCCAGCAGUACGGCGGGUCCAGCUUCCCCGUGGUGCACGCCCCCUAUGGCGGCAGCGUGGCCCCGGAGCCCGUGCUGGGCGGGCAGUCCGCCUUUGCCGUGCCGCCCGUGCAGAACUUGAUGGCUGGGACUGCGGGGCUCUACCAAAGCCAGGGACUGGUGGGCAGUAGCAACGGCUCCAGCCACAAGAAGAGCGGGAACCUGUCUUGUUACAAUUGCGGGGCCACGGGCCACCGUGCCCAGGACUGCAAGCAGCCGUCCAUGGACUUCAACCGGCAAGGUACUUUUAGGUUGAAAUAUGCUCCUCCGGCAGAGAGCCUGGACUCCACAGACUGAUGUUUUUCUCUGGCAAAAGAACACUAUUAAGCCAUGGAGACCUAAGGAAAAGUAAAUUCAGAACUGAGAAGUCUAGUUGCUGUUGAGCUUAAUACUUUUAAUCCAAAGGUGCUUUAUUUUACUAGACUGGAUAGAAAAUCUAGCGUAGAAGUGCAUCAAACUCAAUCUUAUUGCCAAAAUCCUAGAUUGGAGCUUGUGUCAGGACUUGCUGGGGCCUCUCCCCGGCCAGGGAGCCGCCGCGAGGCCUCCGAAGAGCAUCGCCUUGCUGCUCCUUCUAGGCUCACACUCAACUCCAGGGCAGCUACGCCACCUGAAUGGAGAUGCGAGGUCGGAGCUGCCCAGGCGGGCCCCGGGGCCUCCGCAGCCCGGGCGAGGGAAGAUGUCUGUCUGUCUGUUUUGUUUUUCUCCUAAAGCGAUGAGGCACUAAUCUCUGGGAUUCUAAGGAUUGCACUACAGAGGAAUGUACCUGGCAGCAGCCGUCUGCGCGGUCAGGGCCAGGUCCCGCCACUCGGCUCGGCUCGACUCGGCGUCACCACCAGCAGGCCGCUCCACUGAGCGCACAGCAGAGCUGUUAGUACGCCCUUCCCUUCUUCAAGCACUUGUAGCAGUUCCAGGCUUUCAAUUUUUUUCUCCUGAAAAUAAAUAAUAAACCCUACAAUAAUAAAUAGGAAUAGUUCACUCUCAACAACGUCAUUUCUAAGGGUCCAAAAGACCAUCCUCUUCUGCCCACUGGGGGCUCCAAACCCGUUCUGUCCACCACACACCAACCCCUGGAGAACAUGGCAGCGUCUGGCUUUGUGAGCUGUCUGUGACGGAUGCUACUGGUUGUCAGGAAAGCUGGCGAGUUGUUGUGUCUCGCGGGGGCUCCGUGGACCCCGCCCAGCGCUCACCGCUGACAGUCACACUCAGCACAGACAUUUCAACAGUAAUACAGUCCUGUGAUUUAUAAGCAGAAGAUUUGAAACUUUCUCCUGUCAACUUCUUUUGUAUUAAGCUGUGUAUUUAUAGUUAAUUCCGUUAAAAAAUUGCCUAGAAAACUUCAGUAGGAAGAGAUAAGACUCAGAGAAGCCACUCGGCCAGCGCAGCCCAGGCCUGAGCGCAGCAGGAAAUACAGUCCUGUGGGUCCCUGCUUUACCCGCCCGCAUGGAAGCAUUUUGGCUCAGAAUUUAGGGACUUCAGUCUUCAAGAUGAAAGGGAAUCUUCUCCUCAAUAACGUUACCUAAAAUGCUAAAGCCUUCGUUGUUAAAACACGGAUGGGUGAGGUCUGCCGGCAAUUCUCCAGUGGCAUAUGUACAGAGAGGAACACUGCAGCUUCCAGACCAUUCUUCAAACCGGACAAUCAGCGGCAUGCCAAAUUGGUGUGAGUCAAAAGAAAGCCCUAGAAGGCGUGUGGUGCACUAACUAAAGCAGAACGUUGUUACAUUUUUUUAUGAAGGCUUUUAGUAGAGUUUUAUAGUAUUCUUUUAGUCGUUUUAUUUCUAUGCAAUGCAGAAUUGACAGCCCUGUAUUCUCUGUUACUGGCACAGUGCUCCACGCGGUUCUGAAGGCUGGGCCGCGGACCUCUACCUUCCAAACACUACAGCACGCCGGACAGGACCUGACUGACACUACUUUGCCUUAAAGAGUCCCAGACUGGAGCUUGUGGUGUUGUUAAUGAGGAAGACUUCAAGUGUUUAUUGAUGUUUACGAUUUUACUAUUUCUGAAGGCCGUUACAGUGGCCUGGAUAUGUGCUGAAAGCCAAACUUUUAAAUUUUUUGGUUUUUUUAAAACAAAGAAAUAUUUUAAAUAAAUCCUAUUUCAACACAGUGAAAUUGUUGGAAACUGUCUCAUAGCAGAAGAAAAAUGAUCCUAUUUAAGUUUUUUGUCUUAGUGGUCAGCAAAGAGGGAUGAAGUGUCUGUUGUUACCCCUUUACUGUUUUGAUGUUAAAAGUUAACCGCAAACACCGCAACGAUUUCCCACAGAAACUUCCAUUUGCAGUCUGCCACUCAGAGUGGAGGUCCGGGUCCUGUGUCUGGUCCUUCCGAGUCCGUGGAAGCGCCCGUGUGGCGCCGGCCCGCGAGGCUGCGGAGAAUCGGACAACACUAGGAAGGUCCACCUGCACAGGACCUGGCACGGCGCCCUGGACACCGCCCCUUUGCGCUCCGUGCUGGGACUUGGGGAGAUGCGCUAGCAGUAUUUAUUGUCUCUGCCUGAUGGAUUUCUCUCCAGAAGCGGUUGGAGUCCGCGGGCUGGGAGAGGAGAGCAUGCGCCCUCGGCGGGAGACCCCGUCCCUGGUUAACAUCACGAUGUCUUUGAGAUCGCUCAGCUUCACCGCGCUCUGCGGGCGGGCCGGCUCCUCGGAGCCGGCUGUGUUGCUGGCUGGCCUCGCUCUCUGCCGGGGUGUGGGGAGUAGAUACACAGUGUUGGGAUAAAACAGCUGUUUUGCUUUCUUUUUUCAAUUUACCUUAUUUUCUCAUUUUUAUUCCAUGGUAAUAUUGAAGAUUGGGAAGUAUUUCAGGCUAAAACUCCCCACUGCUGAAGAGCACUGAGGAAGUAGAGCUGGCACCUAAAGUGAAUAGAAGACUUUCCUACGCGCAGAUAAUGACUGGGUGUUAGAAAGCCAGCAUGGUCUGUGCACCCCGGGGAUGGCUGGCGUCGGCGGGUAACGGAGUCCUGAGAAGGUUCCGGCUGGCACCGCACGCCGGCGGCCGGGGCUGUGCCAGCGGCAGGACCUUCGAGGGAGGGCUGUGCGUGCUGCCACGCGUCCGCGAGCACGGCCCUCUUGCACCCUGGUGACCCCAGGCUUCCGGGCCACUCUUCCUGCUUUCUGGUGUCUGGUCUGGUGCCACGCUGGUUGUACACCCUGGCUACUGGCGGCAUUACCUGCUGAAGUCUUAAAGGCUCCCCCGAGCCUCCCCGAGGAUGGCCCUGUGGAAGCUGGGCAGGGCAGGGCUGUCCAUUCCCCGCUCCCGAAGGACAGACCACGGGGCUGGGAGAGCCUCGGGCCUGCACAGGCUUUACUGUUGCAGUCCCAAGGUCCGAGCGGAAGUGGGCAUCUUUCAUCAACACUUGCAAUAUUUUAGAACACCACAUACUGUGCUGGUGGAGGCCAAAGGUCCAGGUCGCUGUCUGCUAACCCGGGCCUCGCGAGGGCCCGGGGGAGUCCCUGGGGAGCCGGGCCAGUCUGUGCGCACACCAGGUGAGGCUUCGGUACCGAGACCGAACACCUUCCCAGCUUCUACUGGACAUUUGUUUUUAGGAAUGAAGGAAAAUCCUCCCAUUUUUGAGCCAUUCUUUUGUCAAUUCUACAAAAUUGCAUGUAACUUUAUAAAUAUUUUUAAAAGAUAUAGUUUUGUAAAUAUUUAAUAUUCUAAUUUGAUUUUGAAUUGUAAAUGUCAAGUAUUCUGUUUUUGGGGUUUUUAUGUUUUAUUAUACUUUGUUAAAAAGGAAAAAUUGUACAUUUUUAGAAUGUUUUUAUGAGUAAAUUUAAUGUACUGAAAAUAAAAAAUUCCAGAAAGUC